AUGUCACCUGAUGUAAUAAAAGUGGACAGGCGGGAUGUCUUGGGUCCGGGUAUGUGGUCUAUGGGCCCGGAUGGUUGCAGGCUGGGAGUGCCAGGCAACCUUAUAGUAACCCCCAAGCCAGGCUCAACCCAGGAAGGAGGUGAAAUUCUGGAUCCUUUUGAAGUUGGGCCGGAGGUAUGUUCGUGGCUCUCGAUGAUGAAUGAAGCGCAUAAUCAGGUACGGGCCGCGUGGGAAGCGGAGCACGCCAGGCGACGCAAUAGUAUCUCUUCAUGGAACCUCCUCAAGCGGUAUACGAUGUGGAGGAAGACGUUCCCCCAAUUAGAGAUCGACGUCGAUGUUCGCUACAUGUCUCUUUGGAACACGGAUCGCUUCGGUCAUCCCCUUCCUUGGGCAAGGGUGGUGUUCAGAUACUGGUGCCCCGACAGCGAAGAUAAUUACGGCCUAUUCGACCACCUCCGCGGAUCUGUAUUCUCACAGGGUAAAGACCCCAGAGUUCCCACGGAAGUCUACUUGCUGCUGAAUCCCCGCAUGGGAUUCAACAGACCCCUCGAUGUCAGUGCUAGCAAAUGGCAGUUCGUCACAGGUGCAAUCUCUGGCCUCAGUGAGGGGGGGGACGCGGUGCAACCGAGGAUGUCGGGAACAGUAGCCUUGGUGGAGUCUAUGUUUGUCAAAUACCAGUCGUUCACAACCCUCAAGGGCUCAAUCAACGACUGCUGGAUGCAACAAGGUCACUGCUACUUCAAGUGGCUACUAAGGAUGGAGUGGAGAAUAUUCGGGGAGACGUUCUGUGAGAGGGUGCACCGGCAGGCGAAUACCGACGUGGGGAGUGCGUUCAAGUCCUCUGCACUCAACAGUGUGCAGGUGCAUGUGUUCGGACUAGACCUGUUCUCCGGGACCAGGCCCGUGUUGUAUGGUAUGGCAGAUGAGGGUGUAUUGGGCGUCAACGACAACUCUGGUGUACUGACGAUGGAAAUAGACACAGACCCAAGGAACAUACCAGACUUCAACCGCUCAAAGGCAACAGCAAGAAAUAUUCGGGCUGCCAAUAUGCUCUUCAAGGGAGUCUCUUCCUUUUUGGGGAAAAGAAAAGGCAAAGAGGGCAAAGUUGAUGAUGAUGAUGAUGAUUGA